GAUGGCAGUCAUAUCAACACGUGGUCUUGACAACUCGGCGACACCGGUGUUAGUACUUUCGAAGAUCUGGAUCAAUACUGCAAGCAAUCCCCCGUUAUGGGAUAUAUAGGUUGCAGGGUCUACUGGGGAAAUUAUGCAUGUGACCCCUUUGAUCCAGCAACCGAUGAACUGUAUAAAAUUGCCCUGGAUGAUCCAAACGGCAGUAAGGGGGUCAUUGAAUGUGCUCCAAAAGGAACAUAUGUCGCCUCUCAGACACUGUCCUACCUGGUGUCAGACAGCUAUGGCCGUUCCUUGAGUAAAUCAGACGCCCUCCGUGUGAGUGGCAAGAAUGAGCUCUACCACUUCCAGACCCAUGCUGAUAUUUUGAAUGUUGAACCACAAGUUGGAAGCCUGGAAGGGGGCACCUUGCUGACUAUCACUGGAAAAUACUUUGAUGGAUAUGCUGCGUCUGUGCUGGUUGGCGGUGUUCCGUGUGAGAUCUCAAACAUCACUUCAACAGAGAUAAAGUGUGUGACAGGCCCAGCUGCGGCUAACCAGAGUGUUUAUCCGGGGGACACAGGAAUGUUGUAUGAAGUCUGGAACGAGACUACUGUAUCGCUUGAUGAAGCAGUGUGGGACACCAGCGCAGCGGACUACAACUUCAUGACGGUUCUGGAAGCGCGCUCCCCUGAAGAGCACCAAUUUGGGGAGGAAGACCAUUUCGUGGGUCGGCUGAGGGGACUGUUCGUGCCGCCUCGCACCGGCAACUACCAGUUCAAAAUUGUAGCAGACGAUUAUGCUAGGCUCUAUCUCAGUAAAACUGGUGAUCCUAAUGACAAGGAGCAAAUAGCAAUUCUCAAUCAAUAUACCAGUGACUGGGAGGCAAAUAAACAACAAGCGUCAGACAAAAUCCAACUCACAGCUAAUCAGAGCUACUACCUGGAAGCUGUGUACGAGGAAAAUGCAGGCAACGAUUUCCUCAAAAUCGGUGUCGUGUUCUUUGACGUGCCCGUGAAUAAGGACGACACCACAUACGCCAAGAAUGAGGUGCAGAGGAUCAAAACGGAGUCGGUUGUGGUGUUGGAAAGUCAGACAUUGACAGUAGAGGGCGCUACAUAUGAGGUGCAGCAGGUUGUCGUUAAGACCUCGACUUGUUCCACCAGUUGCAACUACAAGCUACAGUUUGGCCAACUGCUCACAGGUGAGUUGAGCACGUCAUCAACUGCAGAACAAAUGGAGACGGCACUGAAUCUCCUCGUUAGUCCGGAUGCAGUCAGUGUAACCAUGACAACCGACAGUGACACCAAUACCUAUAGUGUAGAGUUCCAGUCAACCCAGAACAAUAUCCCACUGUUGAAAGUGGUGAAGGACGACACGAGCCUAGACAUUACCAUUAGCAAGACUGUGUCCUUCACUCCCGUCGAUCUGAGCAGUUUCAACAUCCUCGUGGAAGGGACUGCUACCACAGAUUUGUCCUCAAGCUCGACAGCUGAAGAGGUCAAGAGCGCCCUCAUGGACUUAUUCAGUGUCCAGUGCGAGAAAGUGGGACAGACCACAGGCCUCUAUGAGCAGGACUUCGAAGGUGAUGCCGUUGGGGAAGUCGACGAUUUGAUCAUCAGAGACGAGGAGCCCUUUUGUGGGCGUGCCUCAGUCAAGAACCCAGACUUGAUCUUCCGUGCCGGCAGCACGUUGCAGCCAGGCUCCUCCAAGACUAUGAAGGCUUUUGAUGUCAGGUACAACAAGAAGCUUUGCCUAGCCCACCGGGGUGGAAUGAAGUCCAGAAUCAACCUGCUACAGCGCUGGGUGGACGACAACAACAACGAGCAGUUGAACUGGCAGUCGUACGUGGAUAAUUCACUGAUUGAUUGGACAUCUACUGCCUGGAAGUUUGAGUGCAUCGACAUAAAUGAGAUUGCAACCAAAAGUUGGUUCUACGACAGUCACAAGGAAGGCUACCCACUGAAGGUUGAGCGCAUCCGAUUGUUCGAAGCAGACGGCCAAGAUUUCUUUAUAGAUAAUAUGUACAUUGGCAAUGACGAACCAACAUAUACACGAACACAAGCAGCCGUCCAGCCAAAUGGUAUUACAGUGACGGAAGUGAACGUCAACAAGCGAGGCUACAGCUUUGACAUAACGUUCACGUCUGGGAAAUGCGGCUUUGGCUACCCGCUUCUGUCCAUCAAGGAUGCCGUCAAAACCACCGAUGAGACAGACAGAGCCGUCUACACCAGCAGCGCAUGGCCAUCUGGUGUCAGCAUCUCCGUUGUCCGCCCAGACAAAGCGACGGAGCCGAUCACCGGGACAUUUGAUCUUGGUUGGAAUGUCACUAAGACACAAAUCAAAGUUUCAUCAGACGCCACAGCCGAGAAGCUGAAGGAGAUGCUGGAGGGUAACUUUGAUAUAGGUACGCUGAAAGUCACCAGAGAGGGAACAUGUGCAGGCUACACAUGGAGGGUGGAAUGGCUGUCCAAAGGUGGUAGCCAACCACUCUUACAGGUGAACGGUGAUGGCCUAAGCGGCAACAAUGUAAGCAUCUCUAGCUUUAGGUCCGUGGAGGGCCAGCUGCUCAUGGGGCCCAUCCCUGGCGAGUUCCUCAGGCUGCCCUUUGAAAAACCUCAGGUAGAGGUUAUUGUCAACACAAUCCCUUCCAGCUGUUCCGGCGGACAGUGCACAUUUGAGUUCAGCGAAGCCUCCACACCAACGGUCCAAACCUCCUCACCGGCAUCAGGUACUGAUGGCACCGCUCUGAUUUUGACUGGUUCUGGGUUCAGCACCACGCAAGAGCUGAACGUUGUGACCAUCGGUGGAGUCGGCUGUGAUGUCACAUCCGCUAGUGACACGUCAAUAUCCUGCAGUGUGGGCCAGGCAGCCGCUGGAACCCACGAGGUCAGAUUGGAGGUCACAGGAGAAGGGCUGGCUAGCUAUCCAAAUGGGCCCCUGUCAUUCCAGUUUGAACUUGAUGUUACUGGCAUCAAUCCAAGCUCCGGAAGCCUUGCUGGCGGAACAUCAGUUACAAUUACAGGUAGUGGUUUCGGCAAGGAAAAAGAUAAUGUCACUGUUUCUGUCGGAGAUCAGACAUGCAACAUCGAGUCUGUGAUUUACAGUGAAAUACAGUGUGUCAUUGCAUUGAAUACGGAGGCACCAGCCUCUUCUACACCUGCAGACGUGACUGUGACUGUGAAUGGACAAUCCAAGGCUCUAUCAAAUGCUUUCACUUUCAACCCAGCAAACACACCAAUAAUUACUGACAUAGAACCCAAGAAAUCUCCUGUAGAAGGCGGUGGUGAGCUGACUAUUACAGGCACUGGGUUUGGUGCUUCUGGAGCAACGGUCUCAAUCGGUGGAGAAAACUGUGACGUAACAAGUCAAAGUGCGACGGAAAUCAAGUGCACAUUAUCCGAGCACGGCCCUGGCACUUUCAGCGUUGAGCUCACUGUGAAUAACCAGGGGUUUGCCAAUACAAACGGGAUAACUUUCCAGUAUGAGUUGGAGGUGGCCGGUUUGUUCCCAGACCAUGGCUCCCUGCAAGGAGCAACAGAGGUAACCAUCACGGGUUCGGGUUUUGGCACCAACGCCAGCGACGUCGCCGUCAUUCUCGGCGAUUUGGAAUGCGAGAUUAAGACUGUCAGCGACGACUCUAUUCUCUGCACCUCCGCGAGCUCAGAGAAGACGUACAGAGUGGACAACAACGGGAAGCACGAUUCAUACGGCUUGGGCUACAAAUGGAAUCCCCAGAUACUGACAAUCACAGCCGGUGAUGUGGUGGUUUGGCAGUGGGCCACCCCGGGCUUUGUGACUGGGGUUGGCUACUCUGUCCACCAGACAGCUGACGGCGACUCCGUGUCAUACGAUGGGAAGGGAUUCUACAGUGGCACUACAACUCCUGAAGGUACGUUCGCUUAUCGGUUCUCUACUCCCGGCACCUACUACUACUCGAGUGGAGAAGUAUCUGCAAACAGCCAGCUGUACAUGAAGGGAACCAUCAUAGUGAAAGAGCCGACAUCGACCUCGCAUAAACUAACUGUUGAAGUGUCUGGAUACAAAGCACAGCAUAACACUGGAUCAGGCGUGACUGCUCCAGUGAGUCCAGAUGCCUGCCCUGGCGGCGACACUACGAUUUCAGAAUGCGACACUCCUAUGUCUGCUGGUGACGAUGCCAACAGCUUCUACUUUGCUUACUGGAUCUGCAGCACCCCAGUUAUCACCAAAGUCACUCCAAACCAAGGUGAUUCCAGCGCAAAUGUUACAAUUCAAGGGACUGGAUUCAGCACAGUGAAAUGUGAGAAUGAGAUUUUUGUUGGCGAUUUCUCCUGCGACGUGCAGUCCAGUACAGAUACCGAACUCACAUGUCUGAUAGAUCCAGCGGGUAGCAUGUCAGUCGGGGAGCCGCGCUUGGUAUCAGUCGUCGUCAAGAAUCGUGGGCAGGCUCUGAAUCAGAUCGGGUCGACGGCCGAGCAGGGAUUCACACUCAAGCCGCGCAUUGAUGAUUUGUCGCAGCACGCGGGGUCACUCAGUGGGGGCACAAAGGUCAUCAUUACCGGGAGCGGCUUCGCGGCAGACUCGACUAACGCUGUGUCGGUACGCAUCGGCGACCGAGGAUGCGUGGUCCAGUCUGUGACGUAUACAGAGAUAGUGUGCGUCACCAGCAGCACCGGCGCGCGAAGAGAUCGCAGAGCUGCGGGAUCAUCAGAUGUGACGCUUGAGAUCAAUUCGGAGCAGGCCGUCUGUAACAGCGACUGCAGUUUCGACUUUGCGAGCAGUCAGACCCCACAGGUGGACAGCUUUUCCCCAAAAACUCUCUCUGGAGGAAGUACCCCAGUCACCAUCACCGGUUCCCAGUUCGACAGCGACCUAUCCUCUGUUAACGUCACUAUUGGCGGUGUGGAGUGUGCCAUCAGUAGUACCACCGAGACAACGAUCCAAUGUGACGUCGGCUACGUCCCAGCUGGAGCUCAAGAGAUGGUAGUGAACAUUGCAGGGAGUGGCAAUGCCAAUUUCAACGUGGACAACACCGUGACAAGUUCCAGAAUCAUUGACAAUGUCCUGCCGUCUGCCGGAAGCACGGCAGGUGGACAAGUUGUAACAAUUUCAGGAAACGGCUUUGUCAAUGGGGACACGGUCGUUAAAAUUGACGGACAGGUGUGCAAUAUUCAGAGCGUAAGCCUCAGUGAGGUCAAGUGUAAGACACCAUCGCAUGAUGCCGGUACAGUCGAUCUGGUGGUGACCUCUAACGGCGGAGACUAUCCAGCCCGGGAUUAUGAAUAUUCAUCCGCUUCUACACCAACAGUCACAACAGUGACCCCACCCAAAGGUUCAAGUGGCAGUCAGAUCACGCUCGGCGGUUCCGGAUUCGGUACAAGCGUCUCCGAAGUCAGUGUUACACUGGACGGCACCAGCUGCAGUAUCGACUCAGUGCCUGACGGUAAUUCCAUCGUUUGCACAUUGGGCCAACACUCAGCUGGCACGUACCCCGUUGUGCUGCACGUACAGGGCAAGGGAUUGGCAGCUGGCGAUACCCAGUUUGAGUUUGAACUGAAAGUGGACUCGGUUGAUCCAAAUGAGGGGAGCUUCGGCGGUGGUCAGGUCAUGACAAUUCAAGGAACUGGAUUUGAUGACACUGCUGUAGUGACCAUCUGUGACAAUGUGUGCUCCAAUGGCAUUGUGAGCUCUUCAGAGAUAACGUGUGAGGUACCAUCAAAUUCAGGAACUGACGACCAAGCCUGCGACGUCAAAGUCUCCCUGGCCAGUGGCGCUUCUGCCACCAAAUCGGCCACCUUUACCUACAAGAAAGACCUGACGCCGGUCAUAGACGCCAUCAAGCCUGGCCGCGGUGGAACACAAGGAGGAACUAGAUUGGUUAUCACUGGAUCGGGCUUUCAGUCUGGCAGCAAUAAGGUGACAAUCGGAGGCACUGAGUGUACCAUCACAGCCGAAACGGCCACUCAGAUCGACUGCACAACUGAAGCUCAUGGACACUCAGAAAUGACAAAAGUGAGAGUCGAGGUUGGCACCCAAGGAAUUGCCACACAGGAGAAUGCCAACUUCUAUUACAUUGAUGUGUGGUCGUCUCAAUACACCUGGGGUGGCAAGGACCCGCCAAUAGAGGGGGAUUUGGUGCGGGUCCCAGUAGGCCAAACUUUGCUGCUGGAUGUCACCACGCCUAUCUUGUCCAUGCUUCUCAUUCAAGGUGGUACGGUGAUCUUUGACGAGGCUGACAUUGAGCUCCAUGCCCAGAACAUCUUGAUCGUGGAUGGUGGCCAUCUUCAGAUCGGCACAGAGGAGAAUCCUUUCCAGCACGAAGCCACCAUCGUGAUGCACGGCCACGUCCGCUCCACCGAGCUGCCGUUGUUUGGUGCUAAGACCCUGGCCAUCAGGAACGGAACCCUGGACCUGCAUGGAAAGCCUGUUCCUAUGACUUGGACACGCUUGGCUGAAACGGCCAAGGAGGGAGAAACCACCAUGAAACUUGAGACGGAGGUGACAUGGAAGGCUGGGGAUGAGGUUGUCAUUGCGUCCACGGGGUAUCGACACAGCCAAUAUGAGAGUGAAGAGGUGACGAUCACAGCCGUUUCACCCGAUGGCAUCCAGCUAACAUUUACUCCAGCCCUGAAGUACAACCACCAUGGCAUAACGCAGACAUUAGAGGGCGACAUUACCCUGGAAAUGCGUGCCGAAGUGGGGCUCUUGACACGUAACGUCAAAGUCCGCGGUUCGGUGCAGGAGGAAUGGAUUGAGAGCUACGAUGCAUGCCCGCAUGACUUUGACACAGGUCAAUUUGCAACUCAGACAUGCUUCCUGGGAAAGUUGGGCGAAGAAACAGGCAGCGACCAGUUCGGCUCCCAGAUCAUGUUCUUUGCUGCAAAUCCAGAUGAGCAUCUCGUUACUGGUCGUAUCGAGUAUGUGGAGAUCACUUACGCUGGCCAGAGCUUCCGUCUUGGCCGCUACCCGAUCCACUUCCACAUGAGCGGCGACGUGUCAGGAUCGUACGUUCGCGGUUGUGGCAUCCACCGCACUUUCAAUCGCGCAGUCACCAUUCACGGCGUGCAUAACCUCCUCGUGGAGCACAACGUGGCCUACAACAUCAUGGGCCACGCCUACUUCUUGGAGGACGGCAUUGAGACAGGCAACAUCAUCCAGUACAACCUGGGCAUCUUUGUCCGUCCCAGUAGCAGCUUGCUGAACGUAGACAUCACUCCGGCCACCUACUGGGUCACCAACCCCGACAACGUCGUCAGGCACAACGCGGCAGCUGGAGGCUCGCAUUUUGGCUUCUGGUACAACAUGCCCAUCCAUCCUGGAGGACCGUCUUUCACAUCCUCCAUCUGUCCCCGCAACGUUCCGCUUGGAGAAUUCAGGAAUAAUUCAGCUCACACUCAGGGCUGGUAUGGACUUUGGGUCUUCCCGUCCUAUCACCCGAAGACGGGCGGAGGCUGCAAUGCCGGGGACGAUGAACCUGCCAAGUUUUACUCCCUGUACGCCUGGGAGACAGAGCGUGGGGCCGAGGCAGUGGAUGUCGGCGCAGUCCAGUUCCACGACUUUGUUGUCUCGGAUGCCGACCAGGCAGGGGUGGAGUACCAGUUGAUCUCGGCCCCUUGGGGUGAAGGUGGGGCUCUCAUCAAGGACCUCGUGGUGGUUGCCCACAGCCAGAUAUCUGAAGACAAGAAAGCCGAGAAAUGCACAGUCACCGGUGUCCAUGGCCCGCAGUUGGAGGGCCUGACUGUAGAUGGGGUGAAGUUUAUCAACUUUGACCAGGAACGGUGCUCCACGCUGGCGUACUGCUCCAAAUGCCGAACCAACCAGGGGGGCUCCUCUGUACGGCUCAAGGGGCUGGAGUUCUACAACUCAACCAACAAGGCAGCCUUCAAGUGGGAGCAUGAGUGCUGGUUUGAAGACCUGGAUGGCUCUCUAACGGGGACCCCUAAUCACAUCGUCCUCCCCAGCAACCCCAAUCUUCCCCCAAGUGCUUGCACCCAGGAAGACGAGUACGGCUUUGGUGCGGUGCCGGGUUCGUCCUGCGAUGACACCGUCCGUCUCCACCGCCUGUCAUUCAAUAACCCCUCGCCAUCCUCCCUGUUAGGCAAAGCGGCGUUGUUCACCAAUGCCCACGGGACCACAGUUGCGCCGUAUGAUGAGAAGAGAAUCACCCAUCCCAAGGGAUGGAUGGUUACGCUCAUCGAAGGGGACACCUACGACAUGGCCUUUGAGGAUGCGGGUCAUGUCACCAACAUCACGUACGAUGCCACCUUUUAUGAGUACCAGGAUGGUGAUUAUGUGUUGAUCAGCCACACAUUCACUCAGGAACCUGACCGCUUUGCCAUGAACGGUGAGUUCCGGAAUGUUACCGACGAUGCCUUGACGUACGACGGUAACCAGAAUGGUGACAUGCGCUUCGAGAAUGACACCAAAACUCUGACGUACAUUGUAUCUGGAAAAGGUGAGUCAGAGCUUGUGGACAGAAAAAUCCACCCCAACGUCUACACCUGUUUCUACAAGGACUGCCUACCGUCUGUCCCUAAACCGCCCCCAGAUACCCGGCCGGACGACGUCAAGUUCUGGUCACAUGAGCAGUCAUGGGAAAGUGGUAGCCUGCCUGUCGAUAAUGAGGAUGUGACUAUAUUGGCAUCUGAUUGGAUGGUCGCCGACGUAGAACUUCCCGUCAUCAACAAACUCGUCAUCUACGGUGCCUUGGAGAUCGACGACAGCCAAGACAACAAGCUAGAGGCCACCUACAUCCUGAUCCAGGGAGGCCGCUUGGUCAUCGGAUUCAGCGAGUCUAAUCCCUUCCAGCACGAGAUGAAGAUCCUGCUAAAUGGUCACCACCUUACUGAGCAGAUGUCUCUGCCCAACGGACCCAACCUGGGAUCAAAGGCUCUUGGUGUGUUUGGGGGCCUGGACAUCCACGGGAAAAACCACAGCGUCUACUGGACCCAACUAUCGGCCACCGUCAACCCGGGCGACAAUACCCUGACCGUCAAGGAUCAGACAGACUGGCAGGUAGGGGAUGAGAUCUUGGUGGCGACUACCUCCUACGAAGCUUGGCAGACUGAGACCUUCAAGAUCGAAGCCGUCGACGAUGCCUCUACCUUCAAGAUCAACGGGAGCUUUGCAUACAGGCAUAUCGCUGACUACACCGCCGACUACGUCCUAGCUGCCGAGGUGGGUCUGCUAACACGCAACGUCAAGAUUGAAGGCAAUGACUACGAGUAUCUCUUCAAGGAGUCCUUCGGAGCUCGCGUCCUCGUCGGCAGGUUCUUCCAAGACGGAACAGAAUACAAAGGUCACGCCCGGAUUUCCAACGUGCAGUUCUUCCAUUCGGGCCAGCUGGGCUGGUCCGACUACUAUGACCCCCGCUACUCCCUGGCCUUCCUCGACAUGGGUCAAGUCACUGAGACAACGUCCUCUAUUGUCAAGGGCUGCAGCUUCCACAACGGUUUCAGUCCAGCCAUUGGUGUGUAUGGAACCAAUGGGCUGCUCGUGAAAGACAACGUGAUUCAUCACACCGUUGGACCCGGUGUGAUUGUAUGGGGCGAGGGGAACCAACUCAUUCACAACCUGGUGACCCUAGUGGUCUUCCCAGGGACCUACCAAGAUCGCUUUGAGGAGGAAAACACUGACUGGACCGGAGGAAUUGAAGUAGAGAACGCCAACAAGGCGGUACUGGUCAACAACACCGUGGCCGGCUCAGAGAAAGUGGCCUUCAGUAUCAAAGGCGAGCCGUGCUAUGACCCGCCGAACCCUGCGACAGACUGGGACGGGAAUGUUGGCCACUCCACGCUGCAUGGAGUCUACAUGUUCUUGACCAGCCAGCCAGAGUGCAGCAAGAUUGCCAAUUUCUUGAUCUACAAAAGCUGGGACUUUGGAGUCUAUGCCCAGAUCGAAUCCAGCAUUCGGAUGUCAGGAAUGACAUUGGUUGACAACAAGAUGGCCGUCCUGCCGCUAGUGAUCGGCCCUAACCCCCUCCGCCAUCUGACUAGCGAUGUCUUUUUUCAGUUGGAGGAUUCGCUCAUCGUGGGCGUCAGCGAUUCCUUUGAUUGCGAGGCUGAUGCUGUUGAACCUGAGAAUGCUGCCCAGAGUGCAAGCUGCCGAAGCCCGCGCGCCCCCGGGAAGGGUCACUCUGGGUUUGUCUGGGCCAGUUUUAGCGCCGGGAAAAAUAUGGCCCCUGCAGAAAAUCUGCAUAAUGUUAUGAAUUACCCUACGAUAAACGGACGGAGCGAACUAAAGAAUGUUGCAUUCAGAGGAUUCGGUACACACUGUGGGAAGACAGACGUUGCAAUCAUGACCAACCCCGGCAGCCAGAAUGCCCAGCAUCCUCUGACUACCUCAGGAAUAACGAUGGAGGACGUGGCUGAUGGACAGAGGCUCUACAUCCAUCAUCCAUCUAUCGGUAAGGUGAACCCCGCAGACUGUGUUGACAUGGACUGUGACGGCAUGAAGAAGGCCAUGAUCCAAGACAUGGACGGAAGCCUCCUUGGCACUCCAGGCACGGUCAUACCUCAGUCAGAGUAUGAGUGGGACGGCGACCCACGGCGCGGCCUGGGUGACUACCGCAUCCCGAAAGCUAUGCUGACUAGACAAGACGGGUCGAAGAUCCCUGUCGAAGAGAAAGCUCCGAAUAAGGGCAUUUAUCGUGGUCAGAACAAUGAGUGCACAUGGAAGGCUGACUGGCAGGCCUAUGAGUGCCACGGCAUCGACCACAUGAUGCUGGUAGCAGAAAGCAUGGAUGCUGACACCGAAGUCCGCCGUCUGUCACCGCUGGCCAUGUACAGCGACAGCUACGUAGACUUGAUCAACGGACCGGAGGAUCACGGCUGGUGCAAUGGGUAUACCUGCCAGGAACGCAUCAGUACCUUCUACACCAUGGUGGCCGGGAAUAAUGAAUACGAGGUGUACUUCACCAGCACCAACCCCCAGGGAAUGCGCUUCCAUCUCCUCAACUCCGGCGAGAGCCAAGCGGUGGUGCUCGGCAUCUGGUACAUCAAACCGGAACGCUUGGACGUCUACUACAAAGAUCGCUACGUCAUCCCAAAUAAUGCCGAAUUCAGUUCUUCUGGAGAGCUCAUCUGGAAGGCCAAAGACCCAGCCCUCCCUGAUAACCAGUUCAACCCCGACAUCGGCUCCCAGGUCCAUGGCGAGAACUACUUCGACCACGACACCAAGACACUCUGGGUCCUGGUCAGGGGUCCUGAGCCCGUAGAGAUUCGCACCACCGCUGUUGUCAUGGUUUCCUUUGGCGUCCCCGCCGUCUCCGUGGACGACUUUUACGAGAAUGGAAACCUUGUGAAUAAUCUCGCGGCUCUGCUCAAUUUGGACCCGUCGCAGAUCCGCGUGGUGGAGGUUGUGAGAGAAGGCAGCCGUCGACGGCGACGUCUAGCCCAAGGCGAGUCCGGGGUGUCCCUGGAGAUUGGACCUCAGCCGAGGCAGGAGAUUGAGCCACCCGGUGAAGAGGUUUCCACAGAAGCCCCAACAACAGUUUCCCCAGGGUCAGAAAUCUCCCUAGGAUACGAGGACCUCCUGAAGGUGACUUCACAGCUGGCCAAUUCCAUGCAGGCAGGCGAGCUCUCUGAUUACUUUGGUGUCCAGAUCCUCGGUAUGGCAAUGAUGGAGCCAGCUCCCAAGGCCGUUGACCCCACAGGAGGGGUGCGGGCUACCAACGAGACCGGAGGACCCCCUGAAGUUCCUCCAGGAACCAAACCAUAUGACGAAGUGAUGCGAGAGGAGGAGGAGGAAGAGAACUCCAAGGAAGGCGUAGAGAUUGAGUACCGCACCCCAGACCACCUGGUGCUCCUCACCCAGCCAGGCGGGGCCUGGGAGGGCUGGGCAUUCCACCAACAACCGUCAAUCUAUGUGGUGGAUGCUUCGGGCAACUUGAUACAGCAACUCGGAUCUCCAUCCAACCCAUGGCAACUAACAGCCUCAGUCAGCCAAUCAACACCCAACGCUGGCGCGGUCGAACUCGUCGGCAACGUGACCAUCCCGUUUGACGGCAGCUGGGCCAACUUCACCGACCUCACCAUCGCGGCAGCGGCGCAGGGAGUCGUCCUGGACUUCAAGAUCACAUUCCCAGGGUCCUCACCGCUGGUUGGCAUCAGCUGUGAUGCCUUUGAUGUCAUGGUCCUGCCAUCUAAGAUGAUUCAGCUUCGUUUCUUGGCCGACUACGACGCGGUGGCCGCCGGAAAGGAGCAGAGCCUCAUCGGUCACUUUGUGGACUACGUCAUGGCAAAGUACGACGGCAUCAAACUCAGUGCUGUCGUGAUUGAGAGAGGAUCCAUCCUCAUCUCUUGUGACAUGAAGGGUGACGUGGAUGCUGCCCUGAAGGCCAUGUGGACAGAUAUUCUGGAAGGCAACUUCACCUUCGCCUUUGACGGCCAGACCUUAACAGCUGACAAGUACCUGCUCGUCAAUGGAAACCCAUAUGGACCGAUCGAUAAGGUCCCUGAUGAAGGGCUGCCGGGGUGGGCCAUUGCACUGAUCGUCAUUUUCUCUGUUGCCAUAGUUGCCAUCCUUGUUCUCCUUGCCUACAAGCUCUUUUAUAAGAAAGGGAAGACGUUUGAAGUGUCGGAUGAAAUACAGCUGACAGAGUCUGGAGCUCGACUCCGCAGUUUCUCGGGCUCGCGCAAGGUCCCAACGAUGGUGAUUGAGGGAAGUGAUGCAGAUUCCGAAGAAGAUGUACAAUUCAACAGUCUGAGUGCCUUAAGGAGCCACGCUAACUCCCCUAGACGAACACCUGAGAUCCAGACCACCGCUCUGCCACCGGGCUUCACCGAGUCUACAGGCCAGGAGGAACAAGCACUCGAGGAGCGCACCGAGAUGUUUGUGAUGGUCAAGAACCAAGAUGACACCUUCCAGAAACUGUGCGUGGUCCAAGCUAACAAGGUGGGCAAGCUCCGUGACUUGCGUGCAGACGUGGAGAGUGCCCUCCCUGGCAAGCUGCAGGGGAAACCAUUCAUCCUGACUGACGAAUCCCUGGAAGACAUCAGUUCGGCUCAGGAAGAGAAGUUGUCACUGACUGAGGUGUAUCACUCGGACUGCGUCAUGAUCCGAUGGGUGGAAGAAAGCGGUGAAUCCAAGCUGUGCGUGUGCGGCCUGGUCGGUCAAUUUGAGUGCUCCCUGUGCCACCAGCAAACGUACUGCAGCCCCAAUUGUCAGUCUGAUGACUGGGUCAACCACAGCAUGUGGUGCUCAAACACCGUCGUAAAAACCGGUGGCCGUGACGACAUUUAAAGAGGAUUUCGGACCAGUGGUUUGUGUUGGCUAACAGUGCCAGCUCUACUGUUAUGUUGGGCAAAUCAACAAAUCUCAUGUUUUGAAGGAUAGUUAGUGACAGUACAUGCAUCUUUGAUACCAAAAAAAAAUGAACUAGGUCAUACUCAUGAAAAAAAGUCUUGAAUGUGUGCAACGUGAAGGGGUUCAAAUUUUGGCUUUAUUGAUGGCUUCAGAAUAAUUAGGACAGAAAAAUUGUGAUUCAGGCCCCAAGGUUCGGGAUCUUAAAAUUCCUUGAAGUUGAGGCCAGAGAACUUGUUUUCAAUGGACAUUAUUGGCUCUGGAUGGGGACAGUACUUUAGGGCAUACUAAUAGUAACUACUUUAUAGGCUACAUGCAUCUCCAUAUAUACCGACUGGAUAUAAAAAUAUAGCUAGCUGAACAUUUUACACUAGAUUCAGCAAACAAAAUGAGACUCAGUGUAACUUCACGUGUUUGUGCUCAGUGUGUGCUGUAUCUAGCCUCUCUAGAUGUGUUAUUUUCUUCAGGCGGAAUAAUUUCACAAGGUUUUUGGUACCAUCCUAUCUUCACUUUUAGCAAGAUUUCUCUCAUAGAUCAGUAGGUCCAUUUUCUGCAAAAUUGGCAAUGCUCCUACGUGCCUUUCAUAUAAUACAGGUAUAGAGUAUAGCCAUGUACAUCUGUAUUGUUCUGUAUUUGAUCUACUGCUCCGCAGCCGAUCGAUGGUGAUGACGAUGAUUUGAUCUACUGAAUAUGGAUGUACACUCUCACAAGAAUAAAUUUGCGUAGGUGGUAUCUUGAACUAGCACAGGGCAGAAUUGUGGUAAAGUCAACCCAGUUAGUAAAGUCACAAGCAUAGUAACAGUGAAUUGGCAAUGCCAAAUGAAUGCUGUCUGUCACUCUUGAUUUGAAUAGCUUAUGACUUGACGUGGGAAUGGAUGCCUUGUAAUGGACUGGUGAGAACUUGUAUAGUCAGCUGAAUCUCUGACACUUGACAUUUUCAAAAUCACACUUUAGUAAGUUACUAGAGGUACCAUUUUAUCAUCUGAUGCAUUCGAAUGUAGAGAAGGUGCUUCUUGCUUCAUAUUCGUAUUGAGCUUUAUCUUCAAGUAAACUUGAAUCCCCGAUACUGAUUGGUUGAUCCAUGGCAACAAGCCAUGCUACAUAUGUAGCACAGCCACGGUCCAUACUGCACUCCGCGUAUUGCGCUAUUCAAAGAUGCGCGCGCCAAUCCGUACAACGCCAAAAAUGUUGUGUGUAGCGUGCAUGUACCAUCUUUACUGCGUGUCAAGUUUGCUUGAAGAUAAAUUCAUUGUCCCACUUGCGCUCAUGGAACAUGGAAAAUAUAGUGUGUCUGCAUCCCACAUUCGGCCUCGUGGCAUGUGGGACACAGACACACCACAUUAUUUCGUGUUCCACUCGCACUCGCGAGAUAUAACUGAUAGUAUCUGGAUAAACAUUUGUUCUUUUAGUUCUAGGGCGGUCAUAUAGUUGCUGUGUGUGUUUUUCCACUUAGAUUUUUGUUAGCUGUUUGGAAUUGAUCAUUUCCUAAAACCAAUAAUUUCAAUUCUAUCCUGUAGAACAUACAGUGGAAUGCCAACAUUUACACUCCCUCAUCUCAAAGUAGAAGUGUGCAGGCCUGAUCUCUUUUUUGUUUUUUUGUUUUGUUUUUUUGAGGGAUGAAUAUGCACUGAUUGUUAGAGCCUUGUAUGAUAGUUUGGUAGUACUGAACUUCAGCAACGGAAAUAUAUUACAGUGGAAUGCUGCUACAGCGAACAUCGCAGGAUCCUCAGAAAUUGUUUCAGUAUAGCGAUUUAAAGUUGCCAGUGCUCCGGUUUUCAGUAAAAUAGUGGCCAGAACUUCACCCUACACACCCGCCGGCCCUGGACGACUUUGAACACAAGGCGACUAUUGAAUCAUGUAAUUACCUACAGCAAUGGGUUGCUUUCUCCUUCUAUUCCUCGGGGAAAUAAUAGCCACUUGUCACUCGCCUGUUGACAUUUUUCAACAACAAUGUUUGGUACGUUUUGUAAACAAAAAUCAGGAGCCAAGGACAGUGUUCGGUAUAGCCUAAUAUUCGGUAUAGUGGUGUUCGGUAUAGCGAAAUUCCACUGUAAUAACUGAUUAUUGACAUUAAGUAAACUGUUGCUAUUCCUUUAUAUUCUGGAGUAUUUUACACAAACUCAUUAAACAAAUGCAGCUGCAGAAAAUAUUCAAACAAAUUUUAUCUUUUGCAUGCAAAUGCAGUAAUGACAUUGUGCCGAUCAUUUUUUUAAAGCCUUUUUCAAAUUUGAUUUGAUAUAAAAUUUUGGCAGUAGAGUGUGUGCUUAUUAAAAAAAGGUCCUUUUUGUGUGUGCUUGACAUCUGAAA